CGACGCGUUUAAGCAACCGGCAUAGCGCGUACGCGGCUCUAUAUAAUCAAUCAAAUCAGGGACCAGAUGCUCGAUACGAUCAUACUUUCUAACUUGAUACACGCAUCAUCCAUCCAUCCUUGUAGUAGCAGUUGAUCUGUCAUGAGCUACCAAGCAGGCUACCCGCCGCCGGCCGGCCAGCAGGCCUACGGCGGCGCGCCCCCGCCGCCGGCCUACGCCGCGCCACCGCCCACGUACCCGCCGACGACGCAGGACGGCGGGUACCAGCAGCAGCAGCAGCAGGAGACCACCAGCCGCGGCGGCGACGGCUUCUGGAAAGGAUGCUGCGCCGCCAUCUGCUGCUGCUGCCUCCUGGACAUGUGUUUCUGAUACAUGAGGACGACGAUUGGCGACACCCAGCUAGCUGCUCUCUCGUCACCAUCAUUCGUUGCAUUUCUCCUUUGAUUUUCCCCGGGAAAGUAUGACCAUCGACGAGAUGCAUGUUGUGUUGCUAUCCAAUGAUCAUGGCGUCCAGUCAUCCAUAAUGAUAGCUGAUAGCCUUGUCGUGUGGUUGUACGGGCAUCGGUAGUUGCUGUUCUAUUUAUUUUAUGAUGACUACUCCCUUCCCUUCGUCCAAAA